AUGCAUUGGGAAUGGAAGAAUUGUCCAACUGGAUGGCAAGGAAGCUUUAGUGGAAAAUCAAGAAAGUCAACCAUCGUUCUCGAAGCCGUGGCAGAUUUUGAUACAUGGAUCUGGCAUGCCUUUUUUGGAAUACCUGGUACCCAAAAUGACAUUACAGUCCUCGGGCGUUCACCAUUGUUUGAUGCGCUCACUGAAGGUCAGUCACCACAAUUAGACUACCACAUCAAUAAUCAUCGUUAUAACAUGGGUUACUAUCUUGCUAAUGGCAUCUACCCUAAGUGGGCAACGCUUGUUCAAGCAAUUAGACGCCCUCAAAAUGAAGCUGAAGCAUAUUUCACCACCAAACAAGAGGCCUUCCGCAAGGACGUUGAAAGGGCAUUUGGUGUUCUUCAGAAUAUGAUUGUUGAGGAUGAACGUGCCGAUUACUACAAUGGCGAGUCUGAUGAUGACGAAUCGGAUCCAAAUAGGUCCAGAAGGGCUCGAGCUCGCAUCUUAGACGAAGCGAGAGAAAAUUUGGAAAGGGAUCCAAGAUCCGGAAGAAUUACAAUGUCGGAAUAUAUGUCUCGAUACAGAAUGAUACGUUCUCCUGUUGGCAACCGACAUUUACAAGAUGAUCUUGUCCAACACCUCUGGAGUCUGCGAGGUCAAGCACCAUGA